AUGUCGACGAGCCCGGCAUCGGAUUUUGAUAUGAUAGCAAGCCCAACGCUGCCUGGUCGGUCAACGGCAAGCCAGCGUGACGAGCUGGCCAUGUACCUGAGUUGCGGGCCUACAAUUCGUGGACAAUCCUCUAUCACCGCAUUCUGGCGAGAGCAUGAGCACGACUUUCCUGCGCUCACAAGCCUUGCUCGCGAUGUCCUCUCGAUCCCCGCAACUGAUGCCGGUGUCGAACGCCUAUUCAAUUCUGCCCGUGAUAUCUGCCAUUUCCGGCGGGGCUCACUCAAAGCUACGACAAUGUUACUAUUGAUGAUGUUUGCAUGUUCUUCGAAAGGAGCUCUGAAGACCCUAGAAGACCUCGAGCCGAUUAGUGAUGAUGACCACGAGGAGGGAGUUGAGAUUGAUGGGGAUGACGAUAUGUUUCCUGAGCAGGGUCAAAUUGGUCAAAUAAUGGGCUACAUGCUACAUGCAGCCUUCGGUCGCGAAAAGCCUGAGAAAUCAAUCAAUCAAUGGGUAGCCCAUGAUUACCAUCUCCCGUGGAUACCCCAUGGGCGGACACGAAGGGCUUUGCAAGAUCAAGUUCGAUAUCUGAGUGCCGAUGUGCGAGCACGGGUCUCUGAUAUGUCUACUUCGAGCUGGCAGGAGAUUGCUGAGGAGUGGCAUCGCUCAUAUAUGAACUUCGGAGACACCUACGAUACAUCUAAGCCCUUUGUCUCAGUGGAUGAAUACAACCGCAUUUCUUUGGAAAAUAUUCUCAUUAAAUGGCUUCUCCGGGAUUUAUUUAACGAGGACGAUCUCAAAAAUUUAACACUCGCUUGGCAUCGACUUGACUCAUACUCCGACAGUGUGCCAGGCCUUUCAUUGCUAAGCACUAAAUUUUUAACGUCUACAUUAUCCAAUGGUAAUGUAAAACUCCUCGAAGAUCUACAAGAACACAAUUCUUUGCCUUUCAAGCACAUCACUAGUGCAGAGCAUUUCGGUGCUUACAAGCCGUCGCCAGAGGUCUAUUAUGGUGCUGCUCGCAGAUUCGGUUUAAAGAAUUCGCAAUGUUGUCUCGUCGCAGCCCAUCUCGAGGACUUGCAAGCCGCCAAAAACUGUGGGUUUCAGACAAUCUACCUCGAGAGAGACUUGGAAGAAGCUUGGAAUAGUAGAGACGUUGCACGAGCCAGAGAAGAGGGGUUUGUCGAUCAUUGGGUCGAAGUUGGAGGCUCAGGUCUGAUUGAAGUUGCCCGAUAUUUUGGAAUAGAAAGUGGAUUUUGA